AUGGCUAAGGUUUAUUCUACCCAGUCAUAUUUCCUUGCUGCGCAACUAUCUAAGUUCGCUCGCUGUCCGUUACACAAGUACAGACCUGCAAGUGUGUUUGCCACUGAAGUCAUAUACCGGUGUUGUGCCCAAGCGACUGAAUGGCAAGCCAGAUUACCAUUUCACUACGUUCCCCCUUUCACUCCACACCUACCUGUCCCAUACCCUGUAGUUCUGUACCCUCACAUGGUACAACCAAUGCUACAUGAUGGACAACCUAUCACAUCCCGAGAACCAACCACAGGAUCCUCCUCAGGAUCAUCCAGCUAUGCCAUGACCAGAGAGUCCAUCAACAUCACAGACACUGGGCUCGCUCCUGGACCAGGCCUCUUCAACCAGUCUCGCUUCAGAAGCAAGUCAGGAAGCGAAGAAGAAGGGGCUGUGGGGUCAAGUGAAGGAGGCUAUCUCAACCUCUGGGACGAAGAAGGCCGGAGGCUCCAGAACUUCCUCAAGAACGACAGGGGCGGCGAAGAAGGGCCUGACCCCAAUACCGGAGAGUUCUACCUUGCAGCAGAAGCAGACACUCACAGGGCAAGCUUCGACGACUUUGGAGACAAUGAUGGAGAGCUCAGUCUUGGGGCCUCCGCCACAAAUACCGCCAGAGCAGUUGGGAAGAGGGCAUUGCAAUCACUAAGUCAGGGACAAUAG